CAGAAGUAAAAUGGCGUCGAGUGCUUGAGUUUCUAACCUUUUUGUGAGAUCUUUUGGAAUAUUCGUUUGAUACCAAGUAUUGUAUGAAGGGAAUAAGUGGGGAAAAUAUCACAGUAUUCUAUUUAUUGCCCAGUUCUUAGGAUGGGUGAUGGAUGGUAUGCCUAUCAGAGUAGCAAUGGGGAUAUUUUAUUUUUCUAUAACAAAUUUACAGAGGAGUAUCGUUGGCUUUCAUGUGCUUGUACAAAGAGGUUCAAAGAUAUACUGUUCCAAGAUACCACCCAGGAUUCACAAACAAUCACUUCAAAAUGCACCAAAAAUGUUGGAACAGAAACUGACCCAUUGCCYUUCUCURCAACAAAAGAGCUCAAAACACAGGCAACCCAAACUGACUUUGAACCAGCAGAUGUCUGUAUGGAGGAUGUCAGCUCAGCAAACCCAGUAAAUACCAAUGUCCAGCAAAUCAAACAAGAACCAGGCAUAAAUAUUGAGCCUCAGAGRAGAGAAAAUAGUAGAAGAGGAAACAAAAUCAAGCUUCACCCCUGUCCUUACUGCAGUAAAGCAUUUACCUCACACAUCUUUCUGAAAAAGCACAUCAAAUGUCAUAGYAUUGAGACACAAUCCCAAGCAAACAACACKGGCAGCCCAACAGGUAGCAACAGUCCAGAGAAUGUAGAAAUUCUUGAUGAGAGUAAAGACUCGCUUAUGGAGGAUGGUUMUGGUAAUGCACUGCAAUCAAAGGGUAAUAUUGUGCAAUGCUUUCAGUGUGACAAGAAAUUUUCAUCAGCUCAAGCCUUAGAUGAACACUUUAUUCUUCAUUAUGAUGAUGUGCACUGCAAUGGAUGCAACAAGACCUUUGGAUGUAAUAAAUCCUACAGAGCUCAUCUUAAUGUCCAYUUCGGRGAAACUCACCAAUGCCAACAUUGCCCCAAAAAAUAUGCCAUCAAAGUGGGUCUCCUUAGACAUAUUAGAUAUAUCCACAAGUCAGUGUGGAAUGCUGACCUGAAAGGUGAGUUGCUGCAACUUGAGASCAAUGUUAAUCCAGUUGAAGAACCAGAGACCAGCAUAGAACAGCCUGAAAGGGUUCGCUUCCAGUGUGACAGAUGUGAUGUUGGCUUCGAUCUUUACAGUGAGCUUGUGAGCCACCAAGASAACUGUAAUAAAACCCAAGAGCAAAGUACUUCUGUCAGCGAGGACACAUCUCCAUCAGUCUUUUCAGAGAAGAAGAAACRAUAUUGGUGUAAYGCAUGCGAUUUAUACUACUCAUCUCUAAAGUGUCUACUCCGUCAUAAGAAAGUCUCCCAAAUUCACAAAUUCAACAGUCGUCAAGUUGUAAAAGYGGGAAAGCAGWCCSUGAAUAAGUCAGUGUCUCCAGUUCAUUACAGCAGCAGAAGUUUCUACUGUCUGGACUGUAGCUYAUCAUUUGAAWCAUAUGAGUCAUUGAAAAAACACAGAAAGAAUUGYUCCCAUAGUAACAAGCUAGAAAACAACAAAUACCGAUGUCUSUAUUGCCCUGAGAUUUGUGUUAGUCGAGUWCAGCUCACAAAGCAUGUGGUGACACACAUUCCUAUCAACAGGAAUGGUGUAUUCCCAUGCAACCAAUGCAACAAGCAGUUUAAAGAUAAAGACAUGCUGGARCGCCAUAUGUCCUAUCACCUUAGCAUGCAUCCUUGCAGCAUUUGCGACAUGAAGUUCGCAAAAUUCACAGACCUGAAGAGACAUAAAAGGAAACAGCACAAGUCAUCUUCCCUUUUUACUUGUACCUUAUGUUUUAAGAAGUUUAACACCUCAUCAUCACUCUCAAACCAUUACAGAAUCCACAACAAAGGUGAAGCUGGGGCAUGCACUGUGUGUGGCAAGGCAUUUACCUAUGGAAAAAAUCUUCGUUCUCACAUGAAAAAGUGCAAAAGAAAAAUGCCWGUCACCAUCGCCAGUUGUCAAGAAAGUGGUGGUGGUGCUUUUCAGGGACAAACAGCUGUUCAAAGCAGCCAUAUUGAUGAAAGCUUUUAUAUUGCAUCUGACAAUCAAGAUAUAGAAAGUAUGGAUUUACAAGCUGCUGAAAACAGUGCCCCCCAGAAAGUAAAGAAUGAGCCAUGCGAGAAUGACGCUUCUUUCUCCCAAGAUAAUGACAUGAACAACAACAGCGAAGAGACAAAUGAUAUUCAAGAGGACAAGCCGRCCAGUAACUGCCCCAAUUUAAGACUACGCAAGGGUUACAACUACUCUGAAAAUCAAUACCAAGAUGAGUACGUUAAAAAAGAGAACAAGUUCCAGUGUACUACUUGCAAGAGUUAUUUCAGCAGUAGAUAUGCUCUUAUAAGACACCAAGACCUAAAAMGACAUGGAGAUCGCAGUGGCAAAGGCACAGGGAAGAGAUUUAAGUGCAAGCCUUGUAAAAAAGGUUUUCAUCUGUACAGUGUAUUCUACCAACAUCAGCGUAAGCACCACAGCCAGAAUAAAUCUCAAUGCAAAAAAUGUAACAUGUUGUUUUCGUCUUCAAAAUUGCUAUCCUUUCAUAAGUGUACUGGUUCUUCAACUAGCAGCAGUCUUAAUGACAAUGCUACAGUUCAACAUGAGUGUCAAGAGUGUAAGGCAACAUUUUCGUCAGGAAUUGGCUUAUCCAAUCAUAUGCGUGGCCAUCAAUUCCAAUCAAAACCAAAGAUUUGGGAAUGCAAGUGCUGCAUGAAGAUUUUUGAAAAUGAAAAGAGGUUGAAGAAACAUCGCAGGACAGAGGCACAUUCAGAAAAUGUMCUGAAGCAAAAGAACAAUGAAGUAGUUAUUGAUGAAAAACGUUUUGAAUGUUCUGGUUGUGGGAAGUUCUACAAAUCAAGACAACUACUGCUCAAACAUAGAAACAAUUUCUGUAAAGCUUUACAAAGAAUUCCUUGUCCAAGCUGUGAUAAACUGCUUCAAAGCUACCCAGCUUUUGUAGAACAUCAGAAAUCAGAACACAAUGGAGGGAAGCCUUGCUGGCUUUGCGACAAAAGUUUUUCAAACUUUGGCAAUCUAACUAGACAUCUCAAAGACCAUCACAAAGAUGCAAAGAACUUCAUUUGCUUCUAUUGCUCCAAGGGAUUUGACAGCAUGUCUUCGUAUAACUUGCAUAUGGGACACAACAGUGAAAAACAUUGCUGUAAAUUUUGUGAUGAACGUUUUAGCUCAUGUCUUUACCUGACUCAACACAUUAGUGCAUGUCAUUCCUAAAUUACUCAAAGCUAUAUUACAAAACCAUACCCUAACACCCUGGGGUUAUUUGUCACUAUUUGUCACCUUGUUCCCACUAUAGGUACCUAUGUUACAGCUGGUUUCAGACAAAUAUAGUAAUUCCUUUUCUAUUGGAUUGACCAGCUUACUUCAAGCAGUCAGGAUGGAAUAGUGUAAUUUAAAGGAGGGGUAUUUUUCAGUCAGUUAGAUAGUGUAUCUAAUGUGACAUCUUGAAAGAUGGMACAGAAUAUGACACCCAAUUUCCAUAUAUUUGAAAGUGGCCUUAGAAAUUAUGGGAUACUUUCGCUAAUAUUUUUCUUGGAAAGUAAUAUAAUUUGUACAUGAGCAAUAAUAUCCCAUAAUAGGGAAGGUCAUUUUGAUAGUGUAUAUUUGAAUAUGGCAUAGGGGGUCAAAACUAAUGAAAUUUGCUGUAUUAUUUACUCUGUUACUUGAUUUAUCAUGAUAAAAUUGUAAUAGCKUAUGAUAUUUAGCAAUAUAAGGUAGAACAGGGUGAUUAAUGACAAGCCAAUUUCUAAAACAGGUUUUGAGUUGAACCUGGAGGACAACUGGAAUUUCAAACAGGGUUUGUGCUACUCCUUGAAAAGUCCUUGRAAAUGGGGAACAUCCCUGAAACUCCUGGAAAACUCCUUGAAUCUGAUUUUAAAAAAAUCCCCACUUGAAACAUCUGUAAAUAUCAAAAAAAUUUCAAAAAUACUCCUUGAAGAUCGCAUUGUUGUGCUUGAAUUAUGUAGUGAAAAUGUAGCACGAACCCUGUACUAUAAUAAGAGAGCAGAAAAUCUGGGGCUGGUUCUACAAAUAGUGAAUAGUAAGUCCAACAGAUGUUUAAUGCAAUAUCUAUAGAGUGAAUCACAACCAGCCCUGAUUGUUUUAUCAUGUGUGGUGAGRUCCAUUUUAAAGAGUUUAUAACACACUAUAAUAUCAGGGGUUAUUUUUGAAACUAAAGGGUUUUAUUGAUCAACUUUGGUUGACAAAAAGUUGUUGAGACAUCACAAUGACAACAGGGAAGCUAGUCUUGCCAUAUAAGAAAAAAAAAAUGUAUUAUAGAUGUAAAUAGUGAACAGAUUUUACAACAAAUUAUAUUGGGAUAUUUAUCUACUGUAUUUGAGGCUCAAACUUUAUUGACAGGUUAAAUUAUUACACAUUUUUCAUUACUUUCAGUGCAUGGAAGUUAUUCUUAUAAGAUUUCUUGUAAAUGAACAGUUAUAAAUACCAUGUUUUAUAGAUUUUAAAGGAUUUUGCAUUUGAUU